GUCCGGCUGAGCGCUGUUUUCACAGCUGAUGAACUAACCGUGUGAGCAGCCCGGCUCACACACUCUCAGCUUCAGAAACACCGGGACCUGGCAGCAGCUGGAGGCGGACUGCAGCAGAGAUCUCUUUAGCUUGGUCUUAAAUACUUGCAAUUGCUAAUUCCUGCCCCAGCCAAGUCAUAAACCUAGUUUAGACGAUGACAUCUUGUGAGAACCUCACCUAUGUAAGUCAGGAUGGCAAAGUACUGAGCAGCAUCUUGCUCUUCACCACCGGACUAAUCGGCAACAUCAUCGCCCUGGCCAUUCUGGGCAAACACAAGCGGGAUAGCAAGCAUCAGGUGUCGGUCUUUUACAUUUUAGUCACCGGCCUGGUACUGACCGACCUUUUCGGGAAAUGCGUUAUCAGUCCAGUGGUGUUCGCUUCUUACGCCUCCAACCUCUCCUUGACAGCUCUGGCAAAAAACAACACCCUAUGUGACUAUUUCUCCUUCUCCAUGUCCUUCUUCGGCUUAGCCUCAAUGUUUAUCCUGUUCGCCAUGGCCCUAGAGUGCUGGCUGUCAAUAAGCCAUCCUUUCCUUUACCAGGAGCAGUUCACCAAGCGCCGGGUGGUGCUUAUUUUCCCAGUGGUUUAUAUUUGCUGCCUUUUAUUUUGCUCGAUGCCCCUGAUGGGUUUUGGAAGGAACAAGCAGUACUGCCCAGGGACAUGGUGCUUCCUUAACAUGGCCAAGGAGGAGAGCACUCUGUCUUUCUCGGUGCUUUACGCGACUCUCAUGGCGAUUCUGGUCUUCGCCGUGAUGCUGUGCAAUGCGUCGGUUGCUGUAAACUUGACCAAAAUGUACCGGAGGCAAAGGCGAAUGAGUAACGCGAACCUGAAUAGCCUUGUCCGAACCCGCAAGCGCUUCAUUCACACUGCAGAGGUGGAACAUCUCAUUUUGCUGAUUCUAAUGAGUAUUCUCUUCCUGAUUUGUUCUCUACCUCUCACAAUCCGUGCGUAUAUCGGUGCAUUUGCUCCUGACAACAAAGAUAUUGAAGAUUUGAAUGCUCUAAGGCUUGCAUCAGUGAAUUCAAUUGUUGACCCAUGGGUUUUCAUAAUUUUCAGAACUUCUGUAUUUCGGAAUUUAACUUCUAUGUGUUGCAAUGGUUCUACCCCAACACUGGACUUGGAAUGUUGGCCUGCUGAAAAGUAAUGGCUGAGUUAGAUUAAGUAUUUUACUGUCUUGUCCUUCCUAUGAUUUCUACCAAUCAAAAGAUGAGCGACAAAACCCAAUAAUAAUGGGUAUUGCGUUUGAAGAUGUUAAAGAAAUUCUGGGUAACCUAAAGAAAAGCCCUUAAUGUUCUGAAUGAUACUUUUCCUGUUGGAACUGGAGCAGAGAAACAUAGGAUGCAGGUUAAUUUAUAUCUUUGUUGCUCAAUACUUGGAGAUCACAAGCUAUGUUAUGCUUUCUGAUAUGUUUAUAUGCCUGUUGUAUAUGAUUGUUGCCACCAAGUGCAUGGAGUUGUAUAAUUUCUGACCAGAAUAUGCUAUUUAGGGGUUGAAGUUGCCUUCAUGUGUAUAGUGAAUCUGAGUUGGUUAGUAUUCAGUCAGCCUGAAUUUCAAGUGCAAUAGUACUCAAUUUUCUGGCCUAAGCUCAUUACAUAAUGAUUCAUACUGUAUACAAAAUUGAAGCUCUUGUCUGCUUCUAACUCCUGAAGCAGCUGCUCAAUUCAGAACUCAGUCAGGGCAGGAGACUUCCAGGAAGACAAUGGAAACACUUUAGGGAUGUCCUCAAAGCAUCACUGAAGAGGCCAAACAUCCCCACCAACUCAAGGGAGACCCUCGCUUGUGACCAAUCAAAAUGGAGAAUGUUCAUUUGAGAAGGCACUGAGCACAUUGAUAGACUUUGUCGGGAACACACAAAGGUGAAUGUGAGGCAUUGUAGAGACCCACAAACCACCCGAUAACUCAACCCUCCAAGCACCACCUGCCCCGCAUGUGGUAGUCUGCAGAUCUUGCACUGGAUUUAUCAGCCACCUCCCAAAGAACCAGAGUGGAAGCAAGUCAUCCUCGAUCCUGAGGGACUGCCUAAGACAGAAUAGUUUUAUGUGCCCAUCUAGAAGAUUCACUGGGGACUAAAAGCAGUGGAAAUACAGCAAAACAGGUUUCUGCAAAAUUUCUCAGUCCUUUACUGCCCCAGCUGGACCCCAAAUCAGGGUGCAAAGAGAAUAAAACACAGUUUCUUGGAUUGUUAUCCUCUGUCACAAGAACUUCAAUUUUCAGUAGUCGUAGUCAGACACUUGGAUAUCUUCGACCAUCCCAAUGUUCAAAAUAUUUAUAUCAGUGAGCUUAUUAUUGAAUUUAAUGUAGGUUGAUGUUUAAAUUGUUCAUUUAGACACAUCUGUGAACACGACAUUCUAUGAAUUAAUAACAAUGAACUUCCUUGCAUGUGACUUAAAGAUCCAAUUAUAUCUUAUCUCAAAACAUUCCAAACUUCUGUGGAACAUUUGCCAGUAUUAUGCAUUGCAUGAACUUUACUUAUACAUUUGUUUUCUGUCUCCAAUUUCCCUGCCAUAUCUUUCCUUCCUGAAGGCUUUGAGUCAUGCUGGGAUAAAAUUGGCUAGCAAUAACUUUCCAAGGUGGCCAUUCUUCAGGUGCCCAAAUCAUAUUGAGUCUGGGGGAAAUGCAGCAGAAGGGAAACCUGUACCCAAACAACAUUGACAUUUUCCAACAGAGAGCAUUAUUUUGUGAACAAAAGAAGGAACUUGAGAUAAUUUAUUCUCCUCGCUGAGCCUGUGUACAGUAAGGGAUAUCAGAGGUUCCCCAUUAUCACUCCAGCUGAGAUAGCCUAACUGGACACAAGACCAAGGACUGAACACUAUGUUAUAGAAUGUGGCAAAUUAAACCAUUGAAGCAUUCGGGAGCCUGCUAAGCUAAUAGUUUUAUAACUGAAAUCUGAGCAGCAUGCUUUGAGUGACAUAAAUGAUUUUAUGACAUUUGUAUGUAUAAUGUGAUAUGAAAUGUGAAACCCAGUCAGAAACCACUAUGAGUUUACUUCUAUCAUGCUAUAACGUUAGCUGGGAAGAAAUGUUUUGAUGUAACAUGUUACCUGUCUCGGAGAUAUGUACUUACCAGCCUUUGAAAAUGUAUCAGAGACUGAAAUAUAUACUCCUCUGCAGGUUUGCCUCAAGGUUUACUUUUUUUAAAAUAUAGAUAAUAAAAUGCAUGUUUAUUGCAUGUGUAAAUACACUUUGUAAUAUAGGUAAUCUAUGCUUUAGAAUUGAAUUAGCUGGUAAAUUGAGCAAUCCAAAUUUGCUGAACAAACAAAUGUAUAAUUACAAAUAUGAAUAAAUACACAUGCAUGUUCAAA